AUGGGAAUAUUUAACGAACAAUCUUUUGAUCAUAAUUUUGCUAAAGGAAUUCAGGGUGCUCCAGGAGUUGGAUUUAGUUUAACCGCAGAUGGAAAUUAUGAUAUAAAUAAAAAAAGACUCACAAAUGUAGGAGCACCCACUGAUAAUAAUGAUUCCGCUACAAAGAAGUAUGUUGAUGAUAAUUCCAGCCGAUCAUCAACAACACAUCUAAAAGUUGAUUCAAACAUUGAUAUGAAGAAUACAUACCGAAUUACAAAUCUUAUCACACCACAGGAUUCUAAAGAUCCAGCAACAAAAUAUUACGUAGACAACACAUUUCUUGACAGAGAUGGAUCUUACCCAAUGAAAGGAAAUCUUAAUAUGGAUAAUAAACAAAUAUUAAAUCUGCCAGCUCCAAUGGGUCCUAAACAACCAACACCAUUAGGUUUCACAGAUUUGAAGUAUCUCCACGUUGCUGGAACAAAUAAAAUGACUAAUAAUCUAAACAUGGAUAAUAAAAAAAUAAUUAACCUUAGACCACCAACAGAUGACACAGACGGUGCAACGAAAAAGUAUGUGGACGACUCAAUACCUGAUACUAGUUCUUUUAUAAAAAAGGAUGGAAGUGUUGCAAUGACUAGUAACCUAAAUCUUGGAAACAAAAAAAUAGUUGGUCUCGCAACUCCAGUGUCAAACACAGACGCCGCAACAAAGAAAUAUGUGGAUGAUAACACAGGUGCCCCAGAUUUGAGUGAUUACUUGGAAAAAGAUGGUACCGUCACUAUGACAGGAAACCUUAAUCUUGGUAAUAAUAAAAUAGUUAACCUCAGUGACCCCACCACAGAUCAACAAGCUGCUAAUCGCGGAUGGGUUCGUAAACAAAUAGAAAUGUUUGAUCAUCAUUCUGGAGAUGGAACAAGUGGUGUGUUUACUAUAACAGAUCCAGCUGCGCCAACGACUUUGUAUCUACAAUAUAUCUCAGGUUCAUCAUUUGAUGAUUUUGUUUUUACAACAUCAACACCUGGUCAACCUCUUGUAGGGUGGAAACCAACUGCUAACACAUACAUUAACAAAAUAGAAUUUCAAUUUGGUUCGCGAAAUAUAAACGUUGACUUUUUGUGGUUUAUUCCUAGAGAUGACUCUCAUUCCAAUUCUAAUUUUUGGGUAAGUGGAAAUCGCACUGGCACUUGGUCAUUAAAUAUUCACAAGUCUUGGAAUUAUAAUAUGUCAGGAGUAAAACUAAGAACCCAUAACAAUUCAAAUCACACAGCUAUCACUUGUCGGCUAUUCACUGAUCUACCAAAAGCAAUAACCAAACCACUUAAGAGAAUAGAAAUCAACACACCUAAAAUUGUAAUAAGUGGGGAUAUAAAAGCCGAUGUCAACCUUGGUGGUAAUAAAAUAAAGAAUCUGGGUGUACCAACCCAAGACAAUGAAGCAGUAAACAAAGGUUAUGUUGACAAUCUAGUUCAUCAUACCGCAGUUCAACCAAGUCAUUAUAAAGAUGAGUUUAGUUAUCUCAUGACAAGUGGGUCUCAAUGGACUGAUGAAAUAGAUGGAGGAGUUAGUUUUGUUAUAAAUAAGAUAGGAGACUUAUCUCCUUCUAAAGGUAAUUUUCAUGACUAUAACCACAAAGUAAUUUUCAUGACUAUAAACAAAAAUUCUGAAGGUAAAUAUAAAUAUAAGACGGGAAUUAAUUUUUACAGACUAACUGCAAAUACCGAAUACACACUAUGUUUGGAAAUACUCAACACUGAUUAUAAUCUUUGGAAUAAUACACAAAUAAGUGUUGACAAAGGAACUUCAAAAGGAUUAUCAAUUGGAAAUGUAAUUGUAAAAAAACUAUCCCAUAGAUAUACCGAUUCAAAUAAGCUAACAAAAGUUAUGUACUACCACAGAAUAAUAAUUAAUUUCCGGAAGUUGCCAUCUGGGAAUAAGUUCUUUAUUCACAUUUUGGUUGAUAUUCUUCGGGGUGGAUAUAACAUAUCUACGUAUCCGAGACUGUUUUCAGGAGUUUACAUCAUUGCUUAUGGAAUUGUGGGUACAUUUAGCAAUAUCGACCCAGAUAAAGUUUACGACUAUCACACCGCAUUUGAUAUCAAACCAACAGAAGUAGUGUACAACGUUGAUAUAAAUGCAAAUCAAAAAGCAAUUAAAAAUAUUAAACUUGACCGAAACAGUGAUAAUAGCGCAGCAACAGUUGGAAUGGUAAAGGAAUUAGCUCCUUACACUGUAAAUAAUUUGUACAGAAAUUAUUUCGAAGAAGUUUUUGAUUUUACUGAUGCCACUAAUUACAAAUUAAGUCAAACCUCAUCUGGUAUUGUUUUUAAUUAUUUAUCUUCUAGUAGUGGUAAUACUUUGAGAGAUAUAAGUAUUCCUAAUAAAACAAUAGAUAAUAUAAAAAAAGAAGGUCUAAAUAUUAAUGGUUACAAUAUAAGCUUUUCUAUUCCUGACGAUAUUAAAAAAUUUACUUUAUGUAUGGUUUUUUAUCAUUGGAAAAAUAGAUCAUUUUCUAUAUUUAAAAAAAAUUCAACUUUUAAAUCCAAUUUAUUAUCUUUAUUUUAUUCAAAUUCAAGUAAUCAACUAGUCUUAUCUGUUAAUAACUCAAUAAGAAGUAUUAGUUUAUUAAGUAGUUUUAAUGGAAAAAAAAUUGUUAUAUGGUUGACACAAGAUGUUAGCAAAAAUAUUACAAAAGCUAAAAUAAGUAACUACAACGCAGCAUUAAUUUUACAAACCGCCAGUUACUUUAACGAACAAGAAUUUACGUUUACAACUCAAGAUGGUGUGUUAAGUAAAAUAAUGUUCUCUACAAACUUUUAUGACACCGACUCUGAACAAUAUCACAAAAUAUUGCUUCAAGAAAAGUUAGAUGGAUCUUAUGUAAUAUAGAUAUAAAUGAAGGAUAUCUUUGAAUUUAAUCACAUUGACCCAUCUUUAUCAAAAUCAGAUGUUAAAACAAUCAAGGAUUUUUACAGUUACUACCAUACAAAAUAUUGGUGUUUUAAGAGGUCUUAUAAAAGUUAUAAAUUUCUUGAUAAUUUUUUUAGUAUAACUGGUAUAUUUUUAGUUGCUGUAGGAACUAUUUCUGGUGGAAUUACACUUAAUCCUGUUGUUCUCGGAGUAAUAAAUGGAGCUGGAGUAAUUGUUGCUGGAGUAGGAAAGAAAAAUAAUUACAAGAGAAAAAUAGAAAUGACUCGGAUUGCUUACACAACUUAUGAAAAAGUUCUUAUUGAACUAAGAUCUGUACUUAGAGGAGAUGAAUGGGAUAAACAAAAAUUUAUAGAUAGAAUGAAGUUGAUAGAUGAUAUGAUAAUUGAUCAAACUCCUGAACCAGAUAGAUUUGAAAUUAAAUAUAAAAAUAAAUUUAAAGAUUAA